UUCACUUUGGUGCGCGCGAGCUUGGCCCUCUCUCGCCUCUCCUGAGGGCUUCGCUCUUCGGCCCGACUCUGCUUUAGCCGGAAAACUUUACUGUGAUUUCUUUUCCCCAUUGGAGGAAAGGAUUUAAAGUUCGGCGAGCUGGUGCCUCUCGGGCGACGGGAGGGUGUCCGCCGGCGGGGUCCCCGGCCCCACCAUGUGCACCAACAUAGUUUACGAGUGGCUGAAAGCGCUGCAGCUCCCGCAGUACGCGGAGUCCUUCGUGGAUAACGGCUACGAUGACCUGGAGGUGUGCAAGCAGAUCGGAGACCCGGACCUGGAUGCCAUCGGGGUGCUGGCGCCCGCGCACCGCCGCCGCGUCCUGGAGGCCGUGCGCCGUCUGCGGGAGCAGGACGCAGCCGCCGCCGGCCUCUAUUUCACCCUUGAGCCGCAGCCCGCGUCGCCCGUGGACGCGGUCCCCACCGGCCGCCGGGGGGAGCCAUGUGGCGGCGUGUCCCAGGGCACCCGCGGGGACCCGCGCGCCCAGACCACCGCCCCCCGCAGCAGGGAGCUGGUGAGCUACCCUAAACUCAAGCUGAAGAUCAUGAUCAGGGAUAAGCUGGUCCGAGACGGCAUCCACUUGAGCAAGCCCCCGUACUCCCGCAAGGUCCCCAUGGCCGGCAUCCUAGAGUACUUAAUGAAUUGGCCGAAGUCAUCACAGAACCGCUAGAUAUCAUUUUUGAGAACUCGUUGGAGGACUGAUGAGGUGCCUGAAGACUGGAAAAGGGCAUUUGUAGAGCCUUCUUUCAAAAAGGGAGAUGCAUGGUGACCUUGGAAAUACUCAUCAGCUUAACUUUUUGCUUGGAAAAGUUCUGGAAUGAUCAACUUAGUAAACUGGGUAAUGACUUACAAGAGCUAGAAAUAAGGCAGCGCAGUGUCACAUGGGAAGAAGCACUGAGUUCUUUUGUAAAAGGGUAUGCUUCAUGAGAUAGUCUCUCGGGAUUCUCCCCCUCAUUUUGUGAAAGUAUUUCUUGGUGAAAAUAGAUGAGGUAGCUAGAGCAUUUGGAUAAUAACUAAUUUUAAGUAUAUUCCAAGAAAGGAGAUGUCUGACGUCAAUUAGAAAUUAUAUCAUUUCCAAAUUAGCUUUCAUCUUGCAAAUGGUAGCUUUAAUUUUGUUUUAACAUACAUAUUAUUUUACUUCAUAUAGAACUCUGAUUUCAUUAAGUUCAUUAAUUUCAUACAAUUAUAUCUAGCAUGGUGAGGGAAUUUAUAUUUAGGGUGCUUUUCAUAGUGAUCUUAUAUAGUGGCAUAGCCAUAAAGCUGAGAGGUUAAGGAACAUCACCAAGGGAAGAACAGUUCUUCUCACCUCUUUUUAAAGACUUGAUCUGGCUGAGGUCUGCUGUGAGGACUAAUGACACUGAGCAAAUGCCAGCUGGUUUACUGCAUAGUGAAAGCUCCUCCCUGGUGAGCCCUGCCCCACUCCUGGCCAGUGCCUUACCCCACCUCCUAUCCCCAUGGGCUUCCUACUGCAGGCCGGGGAUGGCAAGAGAAAGCCUAUCCACCCAUAGCUAACUGGGAAGAACGAAUGGGGGCGGAGAUUAAGAUGAAGCUGGAGUUUUUCUAAUUCUUACUUCCUUUGGGUAUUAGUAGUUUUCUUUUCUGCUUAGAAAAUUUACCCAUGUUGGUGGGACCAAAGCUUAGCUGAAAAGAGGUCAUGGGAGGAAGACACAGAUAAUGCAACACAUUUAUGGGGGUGGCAACCUCUGAGAGCCUAGAGCAGGCCUGUGAUCUGGAGUCCUCACAGCUUAGAAGGAUACCAGCUAUAUAAAUUCAUAUCAGCAUUGUCAUCAGAAGGAUAGGAAACUCUCAAAAAGAAAAGAGAUUCAUAUUCAUCUGUCCUCCUAGUAUCUAGGACUCCCUAGGAAGGAAUUAGGUUGCUGAAGAAAGUCUUAACACAAUAAUGUUUUUAAAACCUGAGACUAGGAUUAAUUUAGGCACCAAAUAAAAUCUGUCUCUUAAACCCCAAUAUAAGGAAAUUAAAUUCUGAAAGUAUUAAACCAUCAUAGCUUACAGUUUUAUAAGGAUUAUAUUCCAAGCAACCCUCAUGACUUUUUAAAAAGUAAAAUGGUCUCUAAAACUUUUAAGCUAGAUUGUUUAAGAGGUGAGGGAGUCGUUGUAGAUUCCUGAUGCAGCUUACUGUGAUAAUAAAUGGCUUCCUGUUUGAGACCUCAUUUCCAGGUACAGCCCCUGUGGCAGAUUUAUUUCGCAGAUGUACAUCUGCAUGAAUUUGUUGAACUAUGGCUAGGAAAGAUCCCAUCUCUGAAAAAUUUAUUAUUUUCUCUCUGGGCAUUAUGAUGCAAUCCACUGUAACCAAAAAGCAGCCAUAAGGGUCAUUUCAAGUUUUGUUUUCCAUUUGAGUAAUAUGUAACUUCAAUUAUAUUGUCAAAUUUAAAUCUUUUCUCUGUGUCUGAAAUCGGGAUUUUAAAUUAACAAGCCUACCUAAGUUAAGGGUCACAAUUUUGAACAGCAGAAUAGCUAGUGGACUUGAUAGCCUCCUUAGUUAAAGCUAGAGGAAGACAACCUUAAGCAAAGAAACAUUGAAGGAUGCCUGUUAAUCUUUUGCAUUAAAUUAAGAUGAAGUAAGAUAUAACAUAUAAAAGAAAGAAAUUCUUACCAUAGAUUUCAGAGAUAAGUUUUAAUUACUCUUCAGAAUAGU